UUUUGUUCUUGUUCGUUCUGAUUUAGUCUUACUAUCAUUUCUUGAUUUUGGUAUCAAAUUUAUCUAGUUUUCACUGUUCUUUACUAAAUUUUUAUUUUGUCUCUUAUCUACUUUAGAGUUUAGAAGUUCCAUAUUAAAAAUUUUAGUUAUGAAACAAUAUAACCAAAAAAUUGCCAAGAUUGUUCUUGAAUCUUACUUGUGCAUUGUAAAUAGAGUCUGUUAGCAAACUUUGACCAUUGAGUAUUUUGUGCUUUGUGUCUAGAUUCUUGAAUCUUAUUCUAUGGUUAUUGGACUUCAUAAAUCCAUUUUGUUCUUUAGUAGUUGGUACCCAAAUAUUGAUUUUUCAAUAGUUUCAGAAAACAGACCAACAUGGAAGAUCGGUGCUUGAUCAAGAACGAUAUCACUGAAUUGAUUGGUAACACACCAAUGGUGUAUCUGAACAAUGUUGUUGAUGGUUGCGUGGCUCGUAUCGCUGCGAAGCUUGAGAUGAUGGAGCCUUGUUCUAGCGUCAAAGACAGAAUCGCGUAUAGUAUGAUCAAAGAUGCAGAAGACAAAGGAUUGAUUACUCCCGGAAAGAGUACAUUGAUAGAGCCAACUGCUGGUAACACCGGGAUUGGUUUAGCUUGCAUGGGAGCUGCAAGAGGCUAUAAAGUGAUCCUUGUGAUGCCUUCAACUAUGAGCUUAGAGAGAAGAAUCAUUCUGAGGGCACUAGGUGCAGAGCUUCAUCUCUCGGACCAGCGCAUAGGCCUUAAAGGAAUGUUGGAGAAAACUGAAGCGAUUUUAAGCAAAACUCCUGGUGGUUACAUUCCACAACAAUUUGAAAAUCCUGCAAACCCCGAGAUUCAUUACCGAACCACGGGACCGGAAAUAUGGAGAGAUUCAGCCGGGAAAGUAGAUAUAUUGGUCGCUGGCGUAGGGACUGGUGGAACUGCUACUGGAGUAGGGAAGUUCCUCAAGGAGCAGAACAAAGACAUCAAGGUUUGUGUGGUGGAACCAGUAGAAAGUCCGGUACUUAGCGGAGGUCAACCAGGUCCACAUUUGAUUCAGGGAAUUGGCUCUGGUAUCGUCCCAUUCAAUUUGGACUUAACCAUUGUUGAUGAAAUUAUUCAAGUGGCAGGUGAAGAGGCUAUUGAAACAGCCAAGCUUCUUGCCCUCAAAGAAGGAUUACUGGUGGGAAUAUCCUCUGGAGCCGCAGCAGCGGCUGCGUUAAAGGUUGCAAAGCGGCCAGAAAACGCGGGGAAACUCAUUGUGGUGGUUUUUCCUAGUGGAGGAGAACGUUAUUUAUCGACUAAACUGUUCGAUUCGAUUAGAUAUGAAGCAGAGAAUUUGCCUAUUGAAUGAAUGUUGGACGUGUGCCGGUUUCGUGUGUAAUAAGAGACGUUCGUUCCAAGAGUCCAAGAUUUCAAUUUGCUUAUUACUGGUCAAUGUGAAAUGUAUAAAAAGUUGCAUAUUCGAUUAUGAAUAAUUUUAGUUGACUACUUCCAUUGCAAUUCUUGGUCGAAAACAUGAAUUUUAAUAAAACAGAAUAAUCUACAUGAACGUUUCAUUGACUCUUUUGCCUUUUGGUUUGAUCUGUGUUCAUGC